CACAAAGUCGAACUUGAGGUGGAGGCACGUAGUAAAUAAACUGAAUGGUUCAUAGAGCACUCUGCAGUUACCACAGCGAGCAAUUUACAUUGAAAUCUUCAGUAUUUCCUCUGGGUGUUGUCGAAUUCAGUUGACAGUCGUUGGUUACUCUUAAAAUAGGCUGUCGGAGGAACGAACUAAACGUUUGUUUUUUGACGUUUAGGUAAUGUAGCAAGCCACAGACCGUAUGGUGAGUGAGUUACUUCAAUGAGGACAUACCAGGCCUGUCCAGUUAAAUAGACAGAACAGAAACCUUGAAUUAAGGAAGCGAAUACUGGAUAAGACGUAAGAUAACAUUAAUUCCAGGCACAAAUUAAACCCUUAUGAGGUUAACAGGGCGGUUGUUGUGUGCUGUCGUUAGAGGCUAGAGAAGCUAACGUUCUUUCAGGUUUUUGGCGCGAGCGUUCAAUCAUUCAUCGCUCGCGGGACAGUUUACGCACUAGUAGCGCAUCUGUGGCCAAUGCCACCUGAUCACCAAAGCAAAAUCUUUUAAGAUUCAGCGGAAUACAAAAGCAGGCCAGGACGAGUGCGCUAGCCACGUCGCGUGCACUACAGUGGUUAGCUGUCACAAGGAUCUCCAUCGGUCUUGAUGCUUGGUUUGAGUUAAUAUCAACGAAGAUCCAGAGCAGAAAUGUCAGAUACGAGUAAAGAAGUGGUGGAUCUGGUGUGGGGCAGACCCAGUGGCGGAGGAGUGCCUGCAUCCCUCUUCCGCAGGUGGUCUCAGGGCUUUGUGUUCAGUGAGGCUGAGCACUCUGCACUGGAGCAGUUUGAAGGCGGACCGUGUGCUGUCAUUGCACCUGUACAGGCUUUCCUGUUGAAGAACAUUCUGUUUAACAUUGAAGGCUCAAACUGGAAAGAUAUCUCAGAGGAAGAGCAGCGGACGGUCUUGUGCUCCACCCUCAGUGAGAUCCUGGAGUCAGCCUGCCUAAAUAAGACACAUGCAUUUCACCUGGCUACCUGGCCUCGUGCUAAAACCACAGACAGCAGUGACAUCACAGACAGCCACCCAGAGCCCGAGUCCAGCCAAACUACUGACACACCAACUGCUUUGGCUGCUGAGGAGCUUGGCUUUGAGAGGUUUCACAGCGUCAUACAGAAGAGGACUCUCAGGACUGUUGCAGAGUUGAGAGAGGCCGUGUUGUCGCUGUACGACACCUGGAAGAACAAAUUUGGAGUUCUGCUCUUCCUGUACUCUGUCAUACUUACAAAGGGGAUUGAGAACAUAAAGAAUGAGAUCGAAGACACCUCUGAACCUCUGAUCGACCCUGUGUACGGCCACGGCAGCCAAAGUCUAAUCAACCUGCUGGUGACAGGUCAUGCCGUGUCUAACGUGUGGGACGGUGAUAGAGAAUGUUCUGGAAUGAAGCUUCAUGGCAUCCAUCAGCAGGCCUCUGUUGGCUUCCUCACACUAAUGGAGUCACUGCGCUAUUGCAAGGUUGGCUCUUUUCUCAAAUCUCCAAAAUUCCCUAUUUGGAUCCUUGGCAGCGAGACUCAUCUCUCAGUAUUCUUUACUAAGGAGAUGGCUUUGGUUGCCCCCGAGUCUCCAUCAGAGCAGGCCAGAAGAGUCUUCCAGACAUUUGACCCAGAAGAUAAUGGGUUCAUUCCAGACACGCUGCUUGAAGAUGUCAUGAAAGCCUUGGAUCUCGUCUCCGAGCCAGACUAUGUGAAUUUGAUGAAGAGUAAGCUGGAUCCAGAGGGAUUGGGUAUUAUUCUGUUGGGUCAGUUUCUGCUGGAGUUCUUCCCUGAUCAGGAUUCCGUGAUCCCAGACUCAUUUCCUGUGUAUCACUAUAAUGGCCUGAAGCAGUCCAACCACAAUGAGAAGGUGAGUUAUGUUGAGGGCACCGCUUUGGUCAUGGGUUUUGAGGACCCCAUGGUACGUACAGACGACACCCCAGUUAAGCGCUGUCUACAGACCAAAUGGCCCUACAUCGAACUCCUGUGGACCACAGAAAGGUCACCCUCCCUCAAUUAACCUUUAUCUCUCACCUUUCACCUGCCAACCUCUGGCUGCACAGCCCGCUGACUUCAGGAACGCUCAUAGGACUCCUCACUUUCUCUGCACUGCAUUAAGGAGGCCAACACGGGGCCUGAAGUUCAAAUGAGAGACGAUGCUCUUCGCCUGGCACUCACACAAAGCCAUUUGUUUGGGGGGGGGUGGGGGGGGGUGGAGGAAUUAUGCGUUCUCUUUUGCCAUCUGUUGUGUAUACCAAAUGUAUUUGCUUUUGCAGGUGUUAAUUUUUUUUUUUUGUUAACUUUCUACAUGAUUUUGUUUACUGGUCUGAAAUGAUAAACCUUUGAAUUAGCACACCGACUGUGAUGAUCUUAUGAGUAAUUUAUGGAAUUAUUAAUAUAUAUAUUUUUUAUUUAUAAUUUCAAUGUUAGUAGUUGUGAAUAUUUAAGGGAUCAUUUGACCAAAGCCUCUUGUUGGACAUAAAGUAUUUGUGUUUUGUCAAUGGUCAGCUAAGGAGCGGCCAUGUUCUGCAGCGCUCGGUCCUGAGAGGAAGUCUGUUUAGACAGGUUUACAAAAGAAUGCACUACAACCCCAUGCUGGGCACCAAACGACAGUGGAGGAAUAGGGCAAUUUUAUUAUUUAAACUUUGAAGUAACAACCCUCCAGGAGGGACUGUGGAAUGACACUAUGAUUCUCUGCAUGAGAGAGAAGAAUAACACAGACAAACGCUCACCCUUUAUUUAUUCUGAUCCUGAUGGUUCACUAAAAUAAACACUUUUGUUCUUCA